CGGAGCCCAAUAAAAAAGUAACCCCAGUGACGGAGACAGAUGAAGCCUUAGUUAAGUUGACGUCAGCGGAGGCUCGACUUGAAGCUGACUUAGACAAACUUACAAAGGAACUUAAUUCAGCUGAUUCGGAUGCAAGAGCAGCACUUAAGUUGGGCAACAGACUCGCUGCCAAAAAUCACCUACGUCGCAAACAUAAAAUAUCCACACGAGUGCAGCGCUGCGACGCGGCGCUCGAUAAUGUGAGGCAACUUUUACAGCAAAUGAGGGAAGUCGACUCUAACACUGCUAUUGUGGACACAUACAGAACAAGUUCCCAAGCUAUGAAGCGUACGAUGAAGGAGGGUGGACUGGAAGAAGACUCAGUUUUCGAUACUAUGGAUGAAUUGAAAGAAGUAAGUGACAAUCUAAGUCAGAGAAAAGAAUCUGAACGUGACUUUGUGUUUGACGGAGAAGAGAGGAUGUUAGCGGAGUUGGAUAAGCUCAGUCUAGAAGAUACUACGCCUAAGAAGAUGGACAGGAAACCGGUAGCUGUUACUGAAACUGCUGAUAAUG